UUUUGGGGUGUUUUUGGGGUGUUUUUGGGGUAUUUUCGGGUGUUUUCGGGUGUUUUCGGGGUCGCUGACGCCGGGGGGGCAGCGCCGGGGGCGCAGCAGUUCUGUUUCCUGUUGUCGACGCGGGCCGGGGGCCUCGGCAUCAACCUGGCAACAGCCGACACGGUGGUGAUCUUCGACUCGGACUGGAACCCCCACAACGACAUCCAGGCCUUCAGCCGCGCCCACCGCAUCGGCCAGGCCAACAAGGUGAUGAUUUACCGCUUCGUGACGCGGGCGUCGGUGGAGGAGAGGAUCACGCAGGUGGCCAAGCGCAAGAUGAUGCUGACGCACCUGGUGGUGCGCCCGGGGCUGGGCUCCAAGGCCGGCUCCAUGUCCAAGCAGGAGCUGGACGACAUCCUCAAGUUCGGCACCGAGGAGCUCUUCAAGGACGAGAACGAGGGGGACAACAAGGAGGAGGACAGCAGCGUCAUCCACUACGACAACGAGGCCAUCGCGCGGCUGCUGGACCGGAACCAGGACGCCACCGACGACGCCGACGUGCAGAACAUGAACGAGUACCUGAGCUCCUUCAAGGUGGCCCAGUACGUCGUCAGGGAGGAGGACAAGAUCGAGGAGAUCGAGCGCGAGAUCAUCAAGCAGGAGGAGAACGUGGACCCCGACUAUUGGGAGAAGCUCCUGCGGCACCACUACGAGCAGCAGCAGGAGGACCUGGCCAGGAACCUGGGCAAGG